UGCUGCUUGUGUUAUGGAUCAAGACUGACAUAAUAAUAAAUUGCAUAUCAUAACACAUGCAAGUGUUAUCCUUUAUAUGCCUUAUUAAACUUUACAUAAAUAUAGAAAAAAAAUUAUGAUGUAUUCAUGAACAAAAAACAAUUAACAUCAACAAUUCUCAUACUGAAUUAUUGUGAUCAGGACCAGGAGGAUGCUUUCAUUCUGCUUCAUUCUGGUUCUGGUGGUAAUGCUGGGGACAUCUUAUGGUAACAGACUGGCAGGACUGUCAACUCUGGAUGACUACAUGAAUAUCUGCAUGGAUGGCAUCAUUCACAAGGACAAGCCCACCCCAGAAGCAGAGCUGUUUCAAAAAUGCACCCCAUGGAAGGACCGCAGCUGCUGUACAAAGGAGAUAACUGAAAGCUUGCACAUUAAUGCCACCUGGUAUAACUUCAACUGGAACCACUGCCCGCAGCCAUUGUCCCCCAAGUGCAAGGGCCGCUUUCAGCAGGAUCUGUGUUUCUACGAGUGUUCACCUAAUGUUGGGCCAUGGCUUGUAAAGGUUGAUGGAAUGAAGAUUCGCAAGGAGCGCUUCGUGGAUGUGCCCCUAUGUCAGUCCGAGUGUGAUGCAUGGUGGGAAGACUGUAGAGAUGAUUUCACGUGCACUGAUAACUGGUCGCGUAACUUCAAUUGGACUACAGGUACAUCCCAAUGCCCCACAGGCUCAUAUUGCCUCACAUUCAACGAAAUGUUCAAGAAUUCAACAAACUUCUGUGAGAAAGUCUGGGACCAUUCAUGGAAGGUGGUCAACAAUACCGAUCCUGAUGGCUGCUUUGUGAUGUGGUGGCAGCAAGAUGCAGAAAACCCUAACUACCAGGUUGCGAAAGACCGGGCCCUGAAACUCCUUCAAGCUUCCUCAUCAUUGACUGUUAACGUCUCCAAUUGUUUUUUUGUCUUUGUUGCCAUUUUGGUGGUUGUGAUUAGGUAAGAUUUCUAGCAGCGUUUUAUGUGCGGCUUAAAGGGUGGUUUUAUUUUACAAAUCUUACAAACUCUUUCUUAUUAAGCGGGCAAUGUUAGUUCAAUCGAACGCAAAAGUAAACAAUUCAAAUGUGCGCAUACCAUUUAUGUAAAAUACAAAUACAGUAUAUCAAAAUUUGACAAUGCAUAUUGUUAUGUAAUAGAGUGUUUUAAAUAUCAAAGUUAAAAAGGACUAGAUUACACACCACAUAUAUGUAUGUAAUUAAAAAUUGUGAAUAAAUACAUAAAAUGUGUAAGGAAGGGGGAGUAACAAGUCAGAGCAUGAAAACCACGUGACUGACCAAGAGGCCCGCUCCUGUAAUUUUUGGACAUGCUAAAUGUUUGUAUGUUAAAUCAGUUUUUAUCCAGUAUUAAUUAAAACCUGUUUAUUGAAGCUAAAUCACAGCAAAAGCCUUAUAAUAUAGAUACUUAUAGAUAUUAUAGAUACACUUGCCAGUUUGUUUCUUAUGUAAUAUUAGUUUAGUAACUGUGCAGUUUGUAAAGCAAGAUUUUUAGUCAAAUCAGAAUAGGGGAAAUCGAGGUCAUUGCAUUGAUCAUGUGACUAGAUGCAAAAUAUAUACUGAACAAUAUUAUUUUAGAUGAGAUUUUUGCCAACAUGCAAUAGGUGAUAUCAGUGUCAUUGUAUUAAAUAUGAUUCUUGUUUGAUACAAAAUAUAUACUGAACAAUAUUGUUUGAAUGAAAUAAAUACAUUUUAAAAGUUGUCUUAAGAAUUACGUCUGUGAUAUAAAAGGACAAACAGAAUGUUCAUGAAAUUUUCAAGGAAUGCACUCGUUACGCUAAAAUUAUUUGCUUUCUUUGACUUUGUUCAUUUUCAGGUUAAGUGAUUUUCAAGGACUACUUAAUGAUGAACCUGUUUUAUUUUUGUUUAAAUAUGUUUCUCUUAAUGUUUUUAAAUUAAUUUUUUUAAAGCUUAUCAAGUGCUUUGAUGCUUUUGUUGUUAUUUUCUUUUGAAAUAUUAAUGUAAUCAACUAGCAAACGCUUCAAUAUAAAUGUAAGACAUCGAAUGCUGUUUUAUAUGAACUUCUAUUAACUUGUGAACAUAUCACUACCGUAACUGCUGAAUGUUUUGUAAUAUAAAAGGUUGUUGACGAUAUCUAAUGGAGAAAAUUUGCAUAAUUAUAAAAUAUAGAACCUGCUGUUGAUGUAAACAUGUUCAAAUCAUGUUAAUUUUUUAAAACAAUAGCUGUAACUUAAUUUUACUCUAUGUUUUGAAAAUGGGUCUGACAAUUGGCUUUAGCUGUAUUGAAUCAAACAGUUUUUAUCAGAUCUUCACUAAAAUUUUGAACAUCUUUGUUGAAAUAAAUGAAUGCUCAAAUUGUAACCCAAUCCACCUUAGAUAUAGUAUAGUUAUGACCCAUGAUUUAUCUAAUUUGUAACUGUUGAUCCUCAUUAAAAUGCGGUGAAAUGCAAAUUAAUGCAAAAAACAUGUGACAUGGUGUAUAUAGAAUUGGUAAUGGGCUGGUGAAAUAGUUGUCAUAUCACUUGUGAACAUUAUUGGUGUCAUGUUUUAUUUUCCUUUAUGAAAAAAUGGGUAGGGGGAAUAAAGCAGUCAGACGCUUUGAGAUAUUAGCCUGAUUAUAUAUGUGUGAAUUUACCUACAUAACAUACAGAUCAGGUUCGAGUUUUGUUCCUGUCCAGUGAUUUUUAACAGAAUUACUGGCCUUGGACUUGUUCUUUAAAAUUAUAGUUUUUCAGCCUUCUUCCGAAACACUUUCAUACACUGACUUCAUUUCUGGCAUGACAGUCCACCUACAUGACUUACAAAUCAAGUUUGAGUUUUGUGCCAGUCAUUGCUUUUUGACAAUUUUUUCUUAAAAAAAAAACCCUCUAAAAUUGUGUUUUAAUUGGAUAAAGCUGGCUGCUGUGGCUUCAAAGUUCAGAAAGGGCAUUGUGCUUCUCGUUUACUUUUAUAGUUACACUUAUCCCAACCAUCUUUGAGAUAAAGACGUAGUACAUGUACACACUCUGGGUCCUCACAUAAUGCAGAUUCAGACAAGAAAGGAACGUUUAAACUAAAAAAAACAGUCCCAUAUACUCUUGAACGGUCGUUAAGUUUUGUUGUAUUGAUAGAAUUAUGUGUAUCUCUGCUCUGACAGUACUAAAAGAGUAAUACUAUUUAAUUUAUUAUUACAAUACAAUGCUAGUUUGUGUUUUCAUUUUGAAGACAUUAAUAACUUCAUUUGGAACACCUUUAUGAAUAUUGCUCAUUACAUGUUUUUUUUUUGUGUUUUGUGUACAUCUCUUACAAAUUUAAAGAGAAAAACUGGUUAUAAUGCAGGGUUGUCUAAGUCCGCAAUAUUUACUGACCAUUCCAUGUUUUAUUGUUUCAUGUAUUUCGAUAACAUUAUCCAGACACUGAAUUAACAGGCUGUAUGCCGAAUUUAUUUACCCUUUACCACUAAGAUACGUAUUUUGAUUCAUUUGUAGUCACAUAGAAAGUCAAAUUCAAUUAAAUGCCUUUCUUACUUAAUUCAAGUUUCAAAGGCUUCAUUUCCAACCCUUAGAUACUGAUAAGCAACAAACAGCAUAAAACCUGAACAGACUGCCAGUAACUCGCAGGCUGUUCUGGUUUUAUGCUGGUUGCAAAAGCCAUUUUAACUUUGCUUCUAAUGGGGGAAAGGGUUAAAAUAUCAUUACCAUGAAUAUAUGAUCACUCGGAAAACCAGGCGUAUUGCUUGAGGGUAUAGUGUUGUCCCAGAUUAGCCUAUGUAAUUACCACAGGCUUAUUGCUUGAGGGUAUAGUGUUGUCCCAGAUUAGCCUAUGUAAUUACCACAGGCUACUUGGAAAAGGCACUUCAUGCAUAGACUGGGUUUUCUUUUAGAAACAAUUUAAAGAAUUGCAUAAAAGCGGAAAGUUUUGAAAUAAAGUAAUCAUUCCUGCAAUGCCCGUAUUAAACAUAUCCCAGAAUGUGCUAUAAUUUAGAAAUUCUUCCCAAUCCAGACAUACAAACAGAACUGGCUCAUUUAAAAAUCACAUGCUGUAUCAACUGUUAUUAUUUUCAAUAAGCUACUAACAUUGGUGAAUAAAACAGGACAGUGUUGUUUGUACCUGGGUAGAAGUGGGUAUUUCUGAAUUCUAACACAAUCUGGAGUGAGUGUAUUGAAUGAGAGUAAGCUAAGGGAAACUAUAGCAAGGAGCAUUUUAUUUUGGUUUGAAAUUAUUUGAGUGCUUAGAUAUGAAUAGUGUAGAGCUAACUUGUAUUUGUUCUGAAUUUAGCCUUAAUUAGUAGUUCAAAUGGAUUUUUGUGCCUAUUGAUAAAAUAAUGUAUAAACAAAUAUAAACAUUUGAAUAUUAAUAAAAAAAUAUUAGCAGA